CGGACGUCGACCCAUCGUAGACAACAGUCAACACGAAAACGUGUGAUGUCCAUUUCUCCUUUUGCUUCAUUCUUUCCCGCCGGUCGCUCGUCCAUUUCGCUUCUUAUUUACGUCCAUUCUAUUAUCGUUUACAAUUUUCAUCUGUGCACGGACCGUCCGCCAAGGUAUGUAUUUAUCACGUAACAUGUUAUAGCCGAUGAUUAUGUCUAUUCAAUCACAGUUUCCCAUCGGCCGUCCGCCGGAUUCGAUCGGAUAAAAAUUGAAUGCUAACAUGUUUUAUUUUUCACAUAGAUGACGACCGCUACCGCGCAGUCAAAAAUCGUGAAAAAGGGAACCGCGGAACCCGAUCAGUUCGAGAUGUCCAUCGCUCAGGCUCUUUUGGAAUUGCAGAACAACAGUGAUCUGAAAGCCCAACUCCGUGAGCUGUACAUCACUAAGGCUAAAGAAAUCGAGCUGUUCGGCAAAAAGGUAAGCGUGUGUGUUCUAAACGUCGUUAUGUAAGAUAAAGAAGGAAAGGACUUCAAAAACUGAAUAAACACAAAUGUUUCCAAAAAAUCAAUCUCAUUCGGUUAUUAUUUUUUGUUUUGUAUCUAAUUCAUAGUUUUUAAAACGUAAAUAGGAGAAGUCUUGUUGAAUUUCUUACCUACCAAUAUAUAGGUAAAAUUGUUGAAAUUGAUAAUUAAAUACCUAUCUGAAGAUUAUAAUUCUCCCGGUUAAAAUAAAAAUGUUGAUUCAUUCAAUCGCCAACAAAUUUUAAUUGAAAAACUAAAAUAAUACUUUUUGUUGUCUUUUCUUUUCUGGUAUUUACAUUUUGUUUUCAUCAAUUUACUGGCAGCGUUAAGAUUUUUGCGUUUGCCAACCAUUAACAGCUUGUUUUAUAAAUUGUAUUUACUUGCAGAAUAAACGCAAAGGUCGAGGCGCUGCUAGACAAUGAAGACAAAUCUGCGGGUGUCUAAAAUUUUACGGCUGAUGAUAAGUGUAUUGUAAUGCAGUUAGAUCAUGUUAAAAUGCAAUUAGUGUAAGUUUAUUUUAAACUUAUAAUAUUAUCAAUUAAGUUUUUAACUUGGGUACUAGGUAUAGCAUUUAUAAAAAUAAUAGCCUUAUAAUAGAUGAAGUUCAAUAACUUACUGAAUAUAAAUUAAAUUAGACUUUUAUACAUUUCUGAUAUUUUGCACUUUUGCCUUUAUAGGUGAUAUUCUUUUGAUAUUAUUCAAUCUGUUUCUAUGUAAUUUUAACAUUUAGGAUCGCUUAAUAUUUUUAUUACGUUUCCUAUUGUAGGUAGAUCAAAGAUAACUGUAGUACAUGUGAGUAAAUUUUCUCAUGGUGUUAGAAUGUUUAAUUAUUAAAUAAGUAUGUAUUACGCAUCAUCAAAUUCGUUGUGUUCUCGUUUUCGAUCACAAUGGUCCACACUGAUGCCAAAUUAAAAUAUGUAGUUUUUGAUAUCUGUAGUAUGUUUUAUUUUAACAACAGAUUUAAUCUAUAAUAGCUGUACAUUGUCAAAAAAAUAAAAAUAAAUCUUAUUUAAAAUUUAAAUCAUGUACUUAUUUUUUUUUUUUUUUUCUGUUAUUAUAGAGCGUUAUUAUCUAUGUGCCUAUGCCACAGAGAGCUCAGUUCCAAAAAAUCCAAGCACGUUUGGUUAGAGAACUUGAGAAAAAAUUCAGUGGCAAACAUGUAGUAUUCAUUGGUGAUAGGAAAAUUUUACCGAAACCAACUAGGAAAACAAGAACAAAGAGCAAGCAAAAACGACCAAGAAGGUAUAUUAUCCACAAACUUUAAUAUUUUAUAUUUUUAUUAAAUAGUCUGCGUGUUACUAAUGUAUAUUCAAUUUAUACAUAUAGCGUCUAAGCGGACAUACAUUAAAAGUGAUUACGAUUGUUAUGUUAACAAAAAUUAUAAGAUCUCAUUGUUGAUUUUUUUUUUUUUCGUAAUCUCAACAAAACAUAUUAUUGUUGAUAUAGUAAUUUCAUUUAAUCAAAUUAUUUGUACUUAUUAUUCAUAUUUAUUUUUUUUAGCCGCACAUUGACUUGGGUUUACGAUGCUAUUCUCGAUGAUUUAGUUUUCCCUGCUGAAAUCGUGGGUAAACGUAUCAGAGUGAAAUUAGAUGGAAAGCAAAUUAUGAAAGUUCAUUUGGAUAAAACUCAACAAACAAAUAUCGAACACAAGGUAUAAUUAAUAUUGAUAAUAUUUGUUUUUAAAAUUCUUGUAUAACUUAAUACAAAAAUGAUGAUACUAUGGAUGGUUGUACCAUUCUUGUAAGUGAGAAGUUGAGAAGAUAAGCUAGUUAAUUAAUUUAUACCUGUAAGCAAUGAUAAACCAUUGCUAAAAAAAAUUGAUACAAAAUUCUUAUUUAAAAAAAAAAUUUGAUUUAACCCAAUGGCUAUGUAAUGAUGAUAAUUCUGUAUUUGAUACCUAUAAAAAUCAAAUUACUUAUUAUUUUUUUUACCACUUAUUAUGCCUUGUAAUAAACCUGUUAAGUCUAAAAUUAUAUCCACAAAGUACCUACCAAAUAGAAAUGACUAAAAAUUGAAAUGUCUUAAUGGCUUAAAUGUUUUGAAAAUUUUACCAUGUCUGGGAAAGAUGAAUAUAAGUCGGGUAUCAAAUUUUCAAGUCUACAAAAUAAUUAACUGAAUUAUAAAAUAAUAAGUUUAAAUUAAAAACAUUAUUUUUAUCAAUUUUCCUGUUCUUUUCUAAGUUAUCAAUUUUUGGUUUUUGUGUAAUUUAUAUGAAAUUAUAUUUCAACAAUUAACAGAUUCUGUUCUUUUGAAUCUUAAAGUGAUUAUUCUAAUAUUUUCUAAAAUUAUUUAUUAACUAUUAAUUUAAACUAUUGUUUAUUUUAAAAUGCACUACAGCGCUCUUUACAGUGUUUAAUAACUGUCGGGUUCUAUCCAUGUGCUAAAUAAAACUGUUAGGGGAAAAAAAAAAUCUACACUUUUUGUUUGAUUUAUUUAUUUUUAACAUACAUUUUAUUAUAACUUCAGUAUUGUAUUUAAAUAAAUAUUAAAGAAAAUUUAAAUGCACUACAGCGCUCUUUACAGUGUUUCAUAACUGUCGAGUUCUAUCCAUGUGCUAAAUUAAAACUAUUAGGAAAAAUAUUGAUCUUGACACCUUUUGUUAGAUUUAUUUGUUUUAACAUACAUUUUAUUAUAACAUAAUCAGUAUCGUAUUUGAAUAAAUAUUAAAGAUAAUUUAAAUGCACUACAGCGCUCUUUACAGUGUUUCAUAACUGUCGGGUUCUAUCCAUGUGCUAAAGUGAAACUGUCAGGAAUAAUAUUGAUCUCAACAGCUUUUGUAAGAUUUAUUUAUUUUUAAUGUACAUUUUUUUUUUUUUUUUAAUGAAUUUUAACUGUCGUGUUCUAGGGUAAUAAAAAAAAAAAAAUUUAUGAAAUGAAUUAAUUAUAUAUAUGGUUAAUACCAAAUAUUCAAAGUUUUAUUAAAGUAUAUAACAUUAUAUUUUAAUACUACUUGUGCAGUUGAUCUCAACUGUCUGAAAUUUUCAUUUUUAUGAUAUUGUGUAGUAAUUGGAAGUAUUUUUAAAUUUUUUUGUUCUACAUCAGUUUUAGUAUGUAUGAUUUAAAGAAAACCCCAAACACGAAUUUUAGUACUAUGUAUUAUGAAUAAAUUAGUCUGCGUGUUACUAAUGUAUGAAUAAAAAUGGUACAAUUAGCGUCUAAGCGGACAUAUAUUAAUGUAUGUCAAUAUUUACUGAAUUCAGUAAACAUUUUACUGAUUUUAUAUUUGUUGAUGUUUAACAUUUUGUUUUUAAAUUGUUGAUAUUUCUUUUAAUACUACUUAAUAAAUCUGUAACUAUUUAAAUUAUUACAAAAAUGAUUAAUAAAAUUUAAUGUAAAAGCUAUUAGCUCUUAAAUAUAAUUAAGUAUAAUAUGAGAGAUAUAAUUUCUCGUAUAUAUAUAUUAGCUUAGCACAAUUUCUGAACUUUCUAAGAAUUUUUAUAUCAAAAAAUCAAUAGUAUCCUAACCAAAUUGUAUAAUAUACUGAAUACUAUUUUAUUUAUAUUGUUACAGGUGGAUACGUUUGCUUCUGUAUACCGAAAACUUACUGGUAGGGAAGUAACUUUUGAGUUCCCAGAACCAUAUUUAUUAUAAACAUACAGUUUUAUCAAAUAAAUAUUUUUUUUUUAUAACACUGUUGUAUUCUAAAUUCUAUAAUUCUUGAAUCCUAUAGUGACUAGUAACUUAUAAAGCAAUAUCAUUAUACAAUGCAUAUUCUAAAAAAUGUUUAUGAAUAAUUUUAU